AUGGACCCUCGCGGAGCCCAGGGGAUCUCCACCCGCUCGGCCCACAGCGAAGAUGAAUCGCACACGACCUUGAGCCUGCACCCUGCCGGUGGCCGGACAUUGUCUCCUGGUGCCCGAGGCGUCCGGUCCAUGGCCGGGUCUAUGUCACUCUCGGGACUCGGCCAUGGGCCCCGAUGCCCGGGUGGCACUUCGGACCCCGACUUGCCCGGCAUGAGUGCUCGCCAGCUGAAGGAUCGCUUUGGCGUGCAGCUCUCCAUGUCCCCGGUGUCAGUGGCCAACGCCGAGGAGCCGUUGGAUGGGCUGGUCACCCUGCCAUCGGAUUUGCCUGGCCCCGGCCCCGGCCCCGGCCCCGGCCCCGGCCCCGGCCUGGUCCGGGCCCCCCCCAGCCCCCCGCGGCGAACAUGGGCCGAACGAGCAGCCGACGACCUUGUGGGCAUGGUUCUCCGCGUCUCCGGCGAGGUCUCGGCCGAGGAGGAGGCCCUCUCACCGGCGGCAUCCCCACCGCCAUUCGGUGGCCACCGUCAUCGGGGGCCCCGUAGCUCGCACCAUGAGAGCGAUGACCCGGCCGGGGGCCGCCGCUUUCCGACCGACCAGCCACUGGUCCUUGGGUCUCCAAGGCCGGCCCCGCGAUUGGCCGCGCCUAGUGCGCCAGCCCCGGGCGGUCUUUUGUCCCCCGGGAUCCGGGCUCCCGCGUCCCCAGCGCCGUGGUGGCCGAGCACCAGCGGUCUCAUGGACCACUCCAGUGCCGGGCCGGCUACGGCCGGGCCCGUGGCCCCGCCCGCGAAGGGACCUCGGGGGCUGCACCUCCGGCGCCUCGUGGGUCUGCUCCGGUGGACAGCCACCGCGGCCGUGGCCCUCCUGGUGUGCUUCAACUUCGCCCAUGCUCUACGCCAGGCCAUGCGUGCGCCAGAGCCGGUGCCGAUGUUUGCCACGGCGGCGCCGCCGCUGUCCCAACUCCUGGCUCCCUUUCAGCCCGACUGCGUCCGGUGCAGCGCGGAAUUCCUACGUCAGCCGCUCGUCCGCGGGCUACAGCAACAGCAACAUCAGCAAGACGCGCAGCAGCAGCAGCAGCAGCAGCAGCAGCAGCAGCAGCAGCAGCAAAAAGGUCAGCACCUCGGCGCCCGAAACCCGCCGAACCCUCGCGCCGGCACCCGGACUCGCGGCAUGUCUCGGCGUGAGUUUGAGCGCUGGCAGGCGCGCCGGCUCUGGUGUUGUCCGGCUGUUGUGACGUCUGCCGACCCUAUGGCCGGCUCCUCCGAUCCCGGGGGACUGAUUGAUUGGCUAGCCUGGGCCCGGGUGUCUUUCCUCCUUUGGGGAGUUCUUUCGAUGGCGGCCGCACCGCCGGCGGUCUUCCGCGCACUGAAUGCCACCCCGGCGCAUGUGUGGUUUUGGCUUUGGAGCCGGUCACGCUUCCUGGCCCUCAAUCCCCGAGGGGCAUCCGGAUCGGCCGGUGGGCCAACGGCCCUGAGCAGCCCGUCGGACAUGGCCGCCGGGUUGAUGUCGCCGCCCUUGCCGGAGGCCGGGGCUGCUCGUUCGCUGGAGUGGAGCUUCCGCGGCCUGGGCAGUGGGCUUAUUUUCCGCCGUCGGCGGCCGGUCGACACGCGGCGUGCCGCCAUCACCUCACCCAUGAUCCCUCGGGUCCGGCCUGCCCGUCCGAGCCGGCCACACUUCGCCGACAUCCUGGACAGUGCGGCGGCUGCUGGCCGGGCAUGCCUGUCCUUCCAUCGGGCGCUGCUGCUGGUGGCCAUCAUCGGGCCCCUUUUCUGGUCCUCUCGAGGAGGGCUCGGGUCGUUGCUUCUUGGCCAGGGGGGAGGUGUCGCCGUCACCGCCGGGCUGGGGCCUCUGGAUGCAUCGGCGCCUGGUGCUUCCGGCGAGUCCUGGCCGGUGCUGCCGACCCCCGUGCGGCCGUCCUUCCCCCCCGGUGCCGGCUCAAUUGCCGGCACCUGCGACAUGGGCGAUAGCGCGCCGGUUGCCGUCCUGCCUGCGGACUGGCAUCCGCAACCGCAGCCGGAGCUGGAGCCGGAGCCACAGCCCCAGUCCAGCUCCCCCCCCGGCAUCGGCAGCCUUGUCGACUGGUUCGACGUGUGCCGGAGCUUGUCCCCUGCGGAGGGGCUCUGCGAACAUCUGACCACCGGGCGCGGGCGUUUUGAUGGGCUUUUCAUUCUCCUGUGCUCGCUCCUCGCGGCGUAUGUCACCUCGCUGGAGCCAUCCAGCCCGCUGGACAGGGCCUCGGCCAUCGGCCCCCCGGAGGACGCCCUCCUCGUGGCCAAGCCCUCGACAGAUGCCGGGGGCCUGCCGCGUGCCAAGUUCCCCGGGGUUUCGGUCGGUCCUCGGCAUGAUGGGCUCCUUGCUCGGAUGUGCAUGGAUUGGGGCCGGAUCCGGCGGUUCCUGGCCACCGGCCGUCUGGGGCCGAGGCCCCCUCACGGCGCCAUGGCCAGCGAGACCGCGCCAAUUCCCGACCCCAUGCAAACCAAUGGCUCGGACCCGCGCCGGCGGGCCUCGUGCUCGACUUUCGGCACGCAUUCAAGUGCCCCCUGCCCGGCCCCGGUCAUCCGUCGACUGGAGGACCUCGGCCCGGAGGCCCGGCGUCACCUGAAAGAGCAACUGAAUGACAUCUGCAUUGUCCAGGGCGGCCCCGACUUUCUACACUCUUACUUGACCAGCACCAGGUUGGUGCAUGUGACACGCUACGGCGUCUUCCUGGUGGACCGGGCUGACAUUGAGCGCGUGCGCGUGCACACGGCCUUCCACAUGCCGGCCUCGGUGUUGUCCAACUCGCUGGGCCUGCGUGCCUGGACCUCGGAGGAUGAGGAGUUCGGCGCGGAGCCGGGCUUCGGCGGGGCCGGCACCGGGCCGGGCUUCGCUUCCAAUUGGCUCAUGGCUGAUGGGUGGUUUGGAGCCGAUCUCUCUUCGCCGAGCCCGGUCCCCGGGGCCCUCGGUCUUGUUGGGGGCCCCGGCUCACACCGGUACUCGCCCAGUGGCCCCGGAGCCCUGAGCGCUGCAUGGGGCACGGGCGGCUGGCAGCUUGUGGCCAUGGGAGCCGGCAGCUGCGCCGCUGGCAUCGACGCGGCCGGGCCCGGGGCCGAGGUGCAGGUCCUGGUUGGGACUCUCUUCCUCCGGGGCGGCAUCCGGGCCUUCGAUGUGUCCUUCCUGGCGCGCGAUCUGGAAAUCCUACAGGUGAAACUCCGGGCAUCCGCGGCCGGGGGCGCCCAACAGGCGCCAUUGCGACCGGAUGCCCCUUCGGUGGCUGCCGCCGAGGGCGAUGGCCCGGGCGGCCCGGCCCCGGAGGUCAUCCACUUCGCCGCUGGCAUCCGGCCGACGCUCACCCCGGCCCAGCGAUUUGUUCGGCGCAUGCUUCGCGAGGACCGCAUCGUCCAUGGGAACUCGCGGAGGUACUUGCGCGAGGAAGCCCGGAGGCUGCAACGACCUGGCUGGGGCCCGGCCCUCGGCGACCCCUCGGUCACGAGCUUCGAGGAGCCCAGCUUCCUGGCUCGGCGCCGGCCGGCCCUCGUGUCCUCGCCCUUUGCGCAGCUGCGCAUUGAUGCCGACGAGGCGGCCCGGGAGGCCGUGGCAUGCGAGAUCGCCGGCCCCGGGGCCCCGGGCAGCGGCGAUUCGCCGGUGUUGCUGGAGCGUUCGCACACUGCCCCGGGGAUGCUCGACCGACUGGGGUACACCUCGCCGCGGGUGACGUCGGACCUUGCGGCGCACCAGGUUUGCGAGGGCAUGCGCCAUGCGGCCCUUGAGGCAUCCGCUGCCCCGCGCGCCGAGGACCUGUGCAUCGGGUGCAUGUACCGGCCGGUGGAGGUGUGCAUCCGGCGGACGUGCCACCUGCCGAGCCGGGAGCCUGGCAUGGGUGGUGCCGGGGGGUCCCCGGGGCCCAGCUCCCCGGGUCCCGGCACCCGCAGUCCUCGGUCCUACAUUCAAAGCCCUCUUGGCCAUGGGGCCUCUCGGUCGCUGGCGGCCGGCGGGGGACCGACGGCCGCGCAUCCGUGGCUGUCGCCGAACCCGCGCAUCGCCUUGAGACCCGGGGGCGGGUGGACCGCCGGAGGGGUCCCCCGACCCGGGAUCAUGAGCCCCAUCGCGGGCCCUGGCUUGUCGCGUAGUCCCUUGGCACGGAGUCUCUCGGCGGCUUCCAACAUGGCCCCGGCCCUUGCUGCCAAUGGGCGCAGUCUGCACCCCCUGGCCCAGCACCACCCCCACCAGGCCCCUCUUCAGCAGCCGCAAUCGCAGCCGCAGCCGCAGCCGCAACAUCACCAUGACACCGGGCGCCGGGCCAAUGAGUGUGGCUCAUGCGAGUGUCGGCCCAUGUGGUGUGGUGAAUGCCUCCUCCGGUGGUUCCUUAGCAGGCAGCCGGUCGGUCAGCAAAGCCCGAUGAUGGACCCGGCCACGGGGGCAACUCACCCGCAGCACCCGCCGGGGCCUGCCACCGCGGGCUUGCGCCCGGGGUGGGGUGGCGGCGGCCCUGCCGCAUCGCGGUCUCUCCUGCCGGAGCCGUCCUCCCCUCGACAGACGGUGGACAAGUGGAUCCUCUUUGGCCAGGCCAGUUGCCCCUCUUGUGCGCGGGACUUCUGUGCCAAGGACAUUGUCUUCGCCACGGCAUCCGAGCUGGCGGAGUAUCGCCGCCGGACCAGCCCCCAACUUUGA